GCCACCAGCCAUCGGUGCAGGCUGUACUCAACCAAGGUCCACGAGCUAUGUUCUGGCAUGGAAAGGGAGAUUUCGGAUCUGCGAAGCUAUAAAAUACCAUGCCUGGCCCUAUGGAUAGUAGAAACCGAUCCCAGCCCUCCAUCUUCAAUCCAACCGCCAGCAUGCAAUCCUUCAAUCCAGUCACUGGUGCCUCAACCUUCGGCUACAACGAAACUACAAGCCCAAAUCACGCCCCUGGAACUUCAAGUUCUUGCGCUUCGACCGCGUGUUGGUCUGGACCCAUUGUUAAUGGUCCAUCAGAUGAGUGCUUUCCGGGUGGCUUCGCCCUUCCUCCAGAGUUUUUCGUAAUGCAGAACUCUGGACACCAGCACCAUGUGAAUGAUAAUACGGCAUUCCAGAGCAUUCCUGAGAACUCUAUGUUAUUGCACUCAGAGACAGCAGAUGAUAGAACGUCUUACUAUCCUCAAGAUCUAUGGUAUCUUCCGCUCGAGGAUAACAAUCUAACCCAAGCAUAUGUUUGGAACCAGUACGGACAGCUUCCGUUGUUUAACUCAGGCACAAUCCCUCCAUCCUUGCAAACGAUGAUGUCACAGUCGUCGACGGAACCAUUACCUAUCAUGAUGCCGUCUCAAGAACAAUCAGCCCUUUCUGAAUGCGCAUGGAUUGAAGAUGGUAAACGGUGUGACCAUCCCAUUUCCCAUGACAAACGCAAACUCAGCACCCAUCUUCGCAACUUUCAUGGUGUGUAUGGACCCGAAAAGAAACCCGUUGUGUGCUUCUGGCAGGGUUGCGAUCAGAACAUGCAAAGAGGCGCUAUCGGGCGGCACAUCAUUAGCUGCCAUCUGAAAACUAGAUGGACCUGCAAGAAUUGUUCCAAGACGUAUUCUCGCCGCGACGCUAUGAAGAAGCACGCCAAGGACUGUCAAGUCGCAUAGGCUUAACCGCUGACAACCAGCAUUACAUCUUCUCGCUCGUUAUCGUACACUUUCUUUUGAUGACCAACACCAAUCAUUUCCUAACGCAAUGUUUCGUUGUGUAUAUCUUC